GACAAACAUCUCGGGAGUCGUAGUAGUAAAAGCCAGCAAGUAGCGACACACGUGCAGAGCUUCAAAGCAGCGAUUCCUCACCCUGAAAUGUACUGCCACUCUUCCUUCCUUCUUCGAUAAGAUAUUAGUAGCAGGAAUCAGACGCGUCUCGCGGAUCUUGGAAAACUUCAUCAACCAGUUCCUGUUUCUCCUCACGACGAUGCUGUUGAUUUAAGCUCAAGCUCCAUGUUCUGUCUAAAAUCAGGCAAUGUCACCGUUGUGUCCCAUAACUUACCUUAUGCAACUGCCUUGAACACGAGCAUUGGGUCAGCAGAGAUAGCAACAACUGGAGCAGGGUGCCUGGACACAGGGCAAUACGUGUACCAGAAAGGGACUGGGUUUGAUUCCUCGUUGGGAAACGGGCAGAGUUUUGAGAACUGGGGAGACUCAGGGAUGGCAGAUAAUAGCCUACAGACGGACACCUCAACAGAUGUUAAUACUGAUGAUAAAAACCAGCUUCGUGGAGUUCCGCAUGGUGCAGUCAUGGUUGUGAAUUCUAUGGAUCAAUCCAAGGGAAGAACUAGUGACCAAAAGACGCAGACACUUCGAAGGCUGGCUCAGAAUCGUGAAGCUGCAAGGAGGGGUCGACUUGGGAAGAAAGUAAUGUCUUUGCUAGUUUUGCCCUUGAAUUCCCCUACUGUAGGAAAUAACGAUUGAAACUCGUGAAUCUACAACAGACGCCCAACAACACUUGUGUGAGAGAAAUUUCAUUAGAAAGAUUGUGCUGUUUCAUCCAUACCCUUCUAGCUUGAAGGGUACCAUGUAAAACUCACAGAAAAAUAAUAGAAGCACACCAGUUCAUAUUCUGUA